CUCUUGGUCUUGGCACAUUGUAACUUUGGUGGGAGUGGGAGGAAGGGAAUGUCAAAGAGGAAAAGGCUUGUGGUAAAAAAAUUCUUUUACUUGAUCGUUGGCAGAAGGUCUCUCACUGCUAUUUUGUAGCUGUAUCAUAAAAGAAAGUUACCACUCUCUACACGGUAUCCUUUGUGCAUACUAUUACCUCGCCGUUAACCCUUGCCGGCCGGCGGUGAAAGGAAGAAGAAGAAUCGUAAUCAUGGACACUCAGGCUCAGGCUCAGGCAGAACCUAAACCCGAAGAGGUCCCCAGCAAUGAAACGGAGGAGGAAAGGAAGAAGAAGAUCGACGAUUGGCUGCCCAUCACCGGCUCCAGGAACGCCAAGUGGUGGUACGCUGCCUUCCACAAUGUCACCGCCAUGGUUGGAGCUGGGGUCCUCAGUCUGCCAUAUGCCAUGUCUCACCUUGGAUGGGGACCUGGAACAGUGAUACUGGUGCUGUCAUGGGUGAUCACUCUGUACACACUAUGGCAGAUGGUGGAGAUGCACGAGAUGAUUCCAGGGAAGCGACUCGAUCGAUACCACGAGCUCGGUCAGGCAGCCUUCGGCGAGAAGCUAGGUCUGUACAUCGUCGUGCCACAGCAGCUCAUAUGCGAAGUAGGUGUAGACAUAGUGUACAUGGUGACAGGAGGAAAGUCGCUGCAGAAAAUUUACAACCUGGCCUGCGGGGAUUGCAAGAACAUCAAGCUGACAUACUUCAUCAUGAUCUUUGCCUCCCCUCAUUUUAUCCUUGCUCACUGCCCCAACUUCAAUUCCAUCUCUGUAGUCUCACUUGCCGCGGCAGUGAUGUCGUUGAGCUACUCCACCAUUGCCUGGGCAGCCUCCGCUGACAAGGGUCGUCAAGCAGAAGUAUCGUAUGCCCCGGUGGCCUCAACCCCCACUGGUGGCGUCUUCAACUUCUUGGGCGCUUUGGGAGAGGUAGCUUUCGCCUAUGCUGGCCACAACGUCGUGCUCGAGAUCCAAGCAACGAUACCUUCCUCGCCUGAGAGGCCAUCGAAAGUGCCCAUGUGGAGAGGAGUCAUUGUAGCUUACAUCGUUGUUGCCCUCUGCUACUUCCCAGUCGCUCUGGUAGGGUACUACAUUUUUGGAAACAAAGUCGAAGACAACAUACUCAUCUCCCUUGAGAAACCUGUUUGGCUUGUCAUCAUAGCAAAUGCUUUCGUUGUCAUCCACGUCAUUGGCAGCUACCAGUUGUUUGCAAUGCCUGUCUUCGACAUGAUGGAGAGUACCCUGGUGAAGAAGCUGAACUUCAAGCCAUCCUUCAAGCUUCGAUUCAUUACUCGUACCGUCUAUGUUGCACUCACAAUGUUUAUCGGCAUCACCUUCCCUUUCUUUGGUGCGUUGCUUAGUUUCUUCGGAGGAUUCGCUUUUGCCCCAACAACAUACUUCCUCCCUUGCAUUAUAUGGCUUGCCAUCUACAAGCCAAAGAAGUUCAGUCUGUCAUGGUUCGCCAACUGGAUUUGUAUCACACUUGGGCUAAUGCUUAUGAUUCUGGGGCCAAUUGGAGGAUUAAGAAACAUCAUCGUGCAUGCCAAAGAAUUCAAGUUCUAUAAUUAGUUGAGAAACAACAGUUGCAGUAGAGAAGGAAAUCAAAGCGACAAUGAUGAAAAAUGAAGCCAAGAUUCCACAAACUGUCUUUCUUAGAGCCAUGUUAUUCUAUGUUAGGAUGUUUAUUAGAUUAUAGACUUUAUUUUGUGUGAUUGCCAGAGUAGGAGUUUCGGAAUACAGAACCUGUUUGUUUAUCACCUCUGUUUAUCGCUUGGUAUUCUUCUGCACUUUUUUUUUCCCCCUACUGUGAACAGUACCUUCUUAUGCAAUAGCAAAGCAACGUAGUUGGGAGUCCAUUUCUUAACUGAUGAUUAGUUAUCCACUCGUCCUCCCAUGACGAAUGCACAUACUCAAGCUCAGGCAAUACUCCUCUGAUAUUGUAUUGAAACUUGAAAGACUGCAUUACACAAACUCGUAGCCAGCCAUAGUAUACAGGACGGACAUAAAGUUGGAUGAUGCCAAGUACACGAAAGGAACUAAGGAACACGACCAAUGUUUAGCACAAAUAGAAAACUUUAAUGCUUCCCUGAGAUAUAAAUGGUGUAAGGACAU